UGUGCUUGCUGAUACAGUACUGUGUGUGAUAGAGGGGGAGAUGUUAAAUGACAGGGCUGUAAAACCAACAUAAACUUUACAUUGGUCUGUCUGCUCCCUUCACUUAGUAGGUUACCUCACAUGACGGUCUACAGCAGAGAAGUACAACAGAGAAAAGGAGUAGGCUACUGGUAUCUCCCUCCACAGCAGAUAAGUAUAAUUUUUAACAAAUAUUUUUAUUUUACUAGGCAAGUCAGUUAAGAACUAAUUCUUAUUUUCAAUGACAGCCUAGGAACAGUGGGUUAACUGCCUGUUCAGGGGCAGAACGACAGAUCUGUACCUUGUCAGCUCAGGGACUUGAAUCUGCAACCUUCCGGUUACUAGUCCAACGAUCUAACCACUGGGCUACCCUGCCGCCCCAAAUAGAGAAAAGGAGUAGGCUACUGGUAUCUCCAUCCACAGCAGAGAAGUAGAAUAUAGAAAAUGAGUAGGCUACUGGUAUCUCCAUCCACAGCAGAGAAGUAGAAUAUAGAAAAUGAGUAGGCUACUGGUAUCUCCCUCCACAUCAGAGAAGUAGAAUAGAGAAAAUGAGUUGGCUACUGGUAUCUCCCUCCACAGCAGAGAAGUAGAAUAGAGAAAAUGAGUAGGCUUCUGGUAUCUCCCUCCACAGCAGAGAAGUAGAAUAGAGAAAAAGAGUAGGCUACUGGUAUCUCCCUCCACAGUAGAGAAGUAGAAAAGAGAAAAGGAGUAGGCUACUGGUAUCUCCCUCCACAGCAGAGAAGUAGAAUAGAGAAAAGGAGUAGGCUACUGGUAUCUCCCUCCACAUCAGAGAAGUACAACAGAGAAAAUGAGUAGGCUACUGGUAUCUCCCUCCACAGCAGAGAAGUAAAAUAGAGAAAAAGAGUAGGCUACUGGUAUCUCCCUCCACAGUAGAGAAGUAGAAUAGAGAAAAGGAGUAGGCUACUGGUAUCUCCCUCCACAGCAGAGAAGUAGAAUAGAGAAAAGGAGUAGGCUACUGGUAUCUCCAUCCACAGCAGAGAAGUAGAAUAGAGAAAAUUAGUAGGCUACUGGUAUCUCCCUCCACAGCAGAGAAGUAGAAUAGAGAAAAUUAGUAGGCUAUUGGUAUCUCCCUCCACAGCAGAGAAGUAGAAUAGAGAAAAUUAGUAGGCUAUUGGUAUCUCCCUCCACAGCAGAGAAGUAGAAUAGAGAAAAGAAGUAGGCCACUGGUAUCUCCCUCCACAUCAGAGAAGUAGAAUAGAGAAAAGGAGUAGGCUACUGGUAUCUCCCUCCACAGCAGAGAAGUACAAUAGAGAAAAGGAGUAGGCUACUGGUAUCUCCCUCCACAGCAGAGAAGUACAAUAGAGAAAAGGAGUAGGCUACUGGUAUCUCCCUCCACAGCAGAGAAGUAGAAUAGAGAAAAUGAGUAGGCUACUGGUAUCUCCCUCCACAGCAGAGAAGUAGAAUAGAGAAAAAGAGUAGGCUACUCGUAUCUCCCUCCACAGUAGAGAAGUAGAAAAGAGAAAAGGAGUAGGCUACUGGUAUCUCCCUCCACAGCAGAGAAGUAGAAUAGAGAAAAGGAGUAGGCUACUGGUAUCUCCCUCCACAUCAGAGAAGUACAACAGAGAAAAGGAGCAGGCUACUGGUAUCUCCCUCCACAUCAGAGAAGUAGAAUAGAGAAAAGGAGUAGGCUACUGGUAUCUCCCUCCACAGCAGAGAAGUACAAUAGAGAAAAGGAGUAGGCUACUGGUAUCUCCCUCCACAGCAGAGAAGUACAAUAGAGAAAGGGAGUAGGCUACCGGUAUCUCCCUCCACAGCAGAGAAGUAGAAUAGAGAAAAUGAGUAGGCUACUGGUAUCUCCCUCCACAGCAGAGAAGUAGAAUAGAGAAAAGAAGUAGGCUAUUGGUAUCUCCCUCCACAGCAGAGAAGUAGAAUAGAGAAAAUUAGUAGGCUAUUGGUAUCUCCCUCCACAGCAGAGAAGUAGAAUAGAGAAAAUGAGUAGGCUACUGGUAUCUCCCUCCACAGCAGAGAAGUAGAAUAGAGAAAAGGAGUGGGCUACUGGUAUCUCCCUCCACAGCAGAUAAGUAGAAUAGAGAAAAGAAGUAGCCUGUGGUAUCUCCCUUAUUUUUUAAAUAAAUACAUUCUUUCAUUUAAUGAAGAUAAAGUCUCAAAGCAGCGAUUCUUGUAAGUGGCCAACCGUCAAUGUGAUGGCACAAUGAUUAUGCACGUAGUUGAAUGGAAAAACGAUAUCCUUAUUGUAACGACCUACUGUAGCCGACUUCGCAGUUGCCAGUCUCUUACCUCUAUCUCACUUUGUCACCCCUCACUGGGUCCUUCUGCUUCUCCAAACUGACUGUAUGUUGGAAACGAUUAGCCAUUCACUCACCCCUUGCUGUCGGUGGAAGGCGCAUCCUGCACUGUAAAGUUUUGGGCAAAAGUGUAAUUUUCUUUGCAAAGUUUCUCAAGGGCUACACACGAAACGAAACGGAUACUUCAAACAGUCUAUCGAAGCCCUGUGCGCAUUUCUGUCUACGGAUUUUACAUCGGAAUUUCUGGUAACUAUGUUAUUCUUUGGGGAGUUUGUCAUUAUGGGACUUUAUAACUAUGGAGUUCUGCGCUUCGUGAAGAAUGGCAUUGAGGAGAAGCCAAAGCCAUGGUAAAAUGGGAUACAGUGAGUCUGGAUCUAAAUUAAGGUUAAUACAAAUUAUAAGCUCCAGUGAUAGGAACACUUUGUGGUGGAUGGAUGCGCAGCUGAAGAUGGCCGGUCCCGCGGCAUUCAUAUUGAUACUGUCCAUGCUGAUCGUGCCAGUUACAAGUCUCCCCUGCCCGCGCCAGUGCACGUGCCCUCAGGCCACAGAGGUGCACUGCACGUUCCGUUCCCUGCUCGCGGUGCCCGCCGGCAUAUCCAGACGAGUGGAGCGCAUGAACCUGGGGUUUAACACCAUACACCAUGUGACUCAGACCUGUCUGGCUGGGUUGAGGAAGCUGGAGCUUCUGAUGAUGCAUGGGAAUGAUCUCUACAACAUUCCCAACGGGGCCUUUAGGGAUCUCAUGUCCUUACAGAUGCUGAAGAUGAGCUAUAACAAACUGAAGGAGAUCAACAGACACACUCUCCAGGGUCUGUGGUCUCUGACCAGACUCCACCUGGACCACAACCGUCUGGAGUUCAUUCACCCAGACACCUUUCAGGGCCUCACCUCCCUACGUCUCCUACAGCUGGAGGGGAACAGACUGCAGCAGCUCCACCCCUCUACCUUUUCCACCUUCUCCAUGAUGGGACACUUCCACGUCUCCACCCUCAGGCACUUGUACCUGUCGGAGAACAGGCUGACCUCGCUACCCCAGAAGCUGCUGGGAGGAAUGCCCCAGCUGGAGAACCUCUUUCUGCAUGGGAACCCCUGGACAUGUGACUGCAGGAUGAAGUGGUUCGCCGACUGGGAAAAAAACUCACCAGGUGUGCUGAAGUGUAAAAAGGACAGGGCCUACCCAGGAGGUCAGCUCUGCUUUAUAUGUUACUCCCCAAAGAACUUACGAAUGAAAGAAGUCCUGGGCCUGGACACACUGGUCUGCUCCAGCCCUGUUAUCACCUCCCCUGAUCGACCUACGACCCAAGAGGACACAGAGACCGAGGUCAUGACCCUGGAGGAGUUCAAGGGGUCGUUCGGCAACAUUACCCUAGGCCUGACGGACGAGCAUGGGAACAAAGUGGAUCUGGAGUGCAGCAUCGGAGAGCCCCGCAGGGAGUCGUCUAAGGUCAGCUGGGAGCAGGUCAACCCUCUGCAGCUGGCCUAUAAUGUGAGUAUCUCCGUGGAUCUGGAGUGUCCCAUCAACAGGGACAAUUAUGAGAGACUCUGGAGGCUGAUUGCCUACUAUAGCGACACGCCCGCUCACCUGCAAAGAGAGAUCAUGCUGACUAAGGAGCCGGUGCCCAGCUACAGGUACAGACAGGACCUGGAGAGAGAUGCAUUGUACUACACAGGGGUUAAGGCUAACAUGGUAGCUCAACCAUCCUGGCUGAUGCAGAGCUCUGUGGACCUGCAGUUGAACAGGCCCCAGUCCACUGGGAAGAGCGUCAAGCUGAUCCUCAGCACCCACCUCACACAGACCGUGGAGCCUGAGCUGGAGCGCAGACACCGUAGGACAUGGGUCAUGAUAGAGAACACAAACGCUACUAGGACAGUGCUGAGUGUUGUAGUGGGCAGCCCUGCUGUGAUGGACUGUAAUGUGUUGAGCUCAGGAGACACUGCGGUUCGCUGGAUGCUGCCAGACGGGACCCAGCUGGAGGCACCGUACAGCAGCCCAGACAACAGGGUGUCAGUGUUGAGCACCGGUAGAUUGGAUAUUAAAGCUGUAGGACACUCAGACUCAGGGAUAUAUUACUGUAUCGCCCAGGUCUCUGACGACCUCACUGUCCUCCCUUUCCGCCUGACGGUCGAGGAGUCCUCCAGUCCUCCCCCUCUUGGAGGGGAUGAGAUGGCGCCUACCCUCGUGGAGGGGUUCACCGGUGUCCCUCUCACUCUGAACUGUGUCGUGUCUGGCUCUCCUGACCCUGAGAUUAACUGGAUCCUUCCUGACAGCAACAUAGUGAGUCACAGAGCCAACUCUUCUAGAGCACUGGUGUAUUACAACGGAACUCUGAGAGUCCCAGAGAGUCGACUGACAGACAGUGGAUAUUAUAAGUGUGUGGCCAUGAACCAGCAUGGUGUGUAUUCCCUGGCUACUAAGGUGACUCUCACCAGACAGUUAGGAGCAGAGAUACGACCACUGAGGAGAAUGAGGCCACAGUCUGCUUCAGGGGUCAACACCAGGGUCAAAGCCCCCAUGGAGGACACUGAGGAGGCAUCAGGGGACGAUGAGGACACACAGGAGGAAGUCCCCUCCUCGCCUUCCUCCUCAUCUUUCUCCUCCUCCUCAUCCCCGAGCCGUGUGGAGCUAAUGAAACGGAGGAGAGGUCAAAGUUCAAGCAGGGGUGGUGGUCAUCCAUUUAGAAACACGUGGAGGCGACCUGCUGUACCAAGAAAACCAACCACGACAGGGACAAAGGAUAAAGACAAGAAAAACACAGUGGAGAUGAGAAGGAGGAUUAACGUGGCAAACAAAAAUAUAGACCCGGAGAAGUGGGCGGACAUUUUGGCCAAAAUCCGUGACAAGAACGGACAGGGUAACACUAACAUAACACCCAGCUCAACUCACCUCACCACAAGGAAGAAGCAGGAGUCAACAACAACAGCUAGCGCUAAGCAGACACAGUCUCCGGACAACAUAGAGGGAUCAACAGACAACCUACAUGAGGAAGAGGAGGAGGAGCUAUACACACCCACUACUGUACCGCAUAUAUCCACACGACACACUACUUACACUACAGACUCAGAUGUGGAUACAGCCACAAAUCAUGCACUUUUCACGCAGCCGGUCACAGAGCCUGUCACAUCUGUUCCCUAG